AUGGUCAAAGUGCAAGAAAAUGCAAACUUGACACAUAAUUAUACUCUUCCACCUAAUACUGUGGUAUCGCGAUUCAUAUAUGUAUCGGAGAGUCUAUCUGGAGAGCGUCGUCCUGUUUCUGGCUAUGUCUUGUGGCUUUACAUACUUUGUCUGGAUGCGAACGGCGGAAAUCAAGUUGUUGCCUGGGCUCAUGGCACAUUAGGAACAACAGUCUCGACUGCCCCUUUCAGAUUCGAGAAUCUCUGGAACCAUUUUAUUGCUCCUUAUCAAUUGCUUCUUCAGGGUUACGUCGUAGUAGCCACGGAUUAUGCUGGUUUACGUGUUGGUAAAGACCAGAAUAAGCAGUCGAUUGCCCAAGAUUUUUUCGCCUCUUCUAGUGUAGCUAGCGACGUUGUCUAUCCUGUUCAAGCCGCAAGAAAAGCUUUUCCUCAACUUUCUGAGUCGUUCAUUGUGCUUGGAUAUAGUCCAGGUGGGGGCAUUGCUUGGGGUGUCGCCCAGAAAGAUGCUAUAUCGAACAUUCCAGGUUAUCUCGGUGCUAUCGCCAUCUGUCCAGCGACGAGUGUUCUCGAGAACCCGGAGCCCUUCGGAAGCCUGAUAGCUGGCUCCUGGGAAUUGCGUCAUUGUAUCCAUAAUUCGACUACAAUGAAUUCCUUACGUCUGAAGGCCUAG